ACAAACCAUUUCGACCCCAAAAAAAAAAGAAAAAAAAAGGAAAAAAAAAACCUCUAAACACAAAUCAAAUUCCUUCAUUCUACAUAUAAUAAUAUUUUUACAAUUCUUCACCAAUCACCACCGAGACGCUACUCAUGGCCACCACCACUCCAGCAGCAACAGCUUCACGCUUCUUUGGGACACGUAUCCAUGACUCCAAGCCACUGACCUCGGCCAAAUUUCAGGCCAGGUUUAGCUUUGGUGGUUUUGGCACCAAAAAAUCCCCACCACGACCACCCAAAAAAGCAGUCCCCAAGCUAGAUUCUGACGACCUUGUAUGGUUCCCGGGUGCAACCCGACCGGAGUGGCUCGACGGGAGCAUGGUGGGAGACCGCGGGUUCGAUCCGUUUGGAUUUGCAAAGCCGGCUGAGUAUUUGCAGUUUGACUUGGACUCGUUGGACCAAAACUUGGCCAAGAAUGUGGCUGGUGAUGUUAUUGGGAUCCGUGAAGAGACCGCCGAGCUGAAGCCGACGCCGUUUCAGCCUUACACGGAGGUGUUUGGGUUGCAGAGGUUUAGGGAGUGUGAGCUCAUUCACGGAAGAUGGGCAAUGUUGGGCACUCUUGGCGCCAUCGCCGUUGAAGCUCUCACUGGUGUUGCGUGGCAAGACGCCGGAAAGGUGGAGCUGAUUGAGGGAGCAUCUUACCUCGGCCAACCACUUCCAUUUUCAUUGACAACAUUGAUUUGGAUUGAAGUUUUGGUAAUUGGGUACAUUGAGUUUCAAAGAAAUGCAGAGCUCGACCCUGAGAAAAGAUUGUACCCAGGUGGGUAUUUUGAUCCUCUUGGGUUAGCCUCCGACCCCGAAAAGUUUGAGGAUCUUCAAUUGGCUGAAAUUAAGCAUGCUCGUUUGGCCAUGGUGGCCUUCCUCAUCUUCGGAAUUCAAGCUGCCACUACAGGCAAAGGUCCUAUCAGCUUUGUGGCUACAUUUAACCAGUGAAAGUGAUCUUGUAAAACUCUUUAAGAGAGACAUGUAUGUUCUGAAUUCCUGUAACCAAAAUUUGAUUUUGUAUAUCAUCACUCUUUGCUUGUAACUCCUUCUCUUAGAGGUUUAAAUUUAUUAUGGGAUAUUAUAAUUUUGAAGAAGGAAUAUAUAAAGGUUACUUUUUAGAGGUCCAAA